CUGCCCACUCAACUUCCUCCUAGCGCCAUCUUGGCUGCCCAGGUGCCCCACAGCAGCAAGGCCUUCUUGGUUUCUUGGCACGGAAAACCUGCUUUUCCAGGCCCGCCUCUGCCUCCCGCGGCCAAGCAUCGCAGUGCGCCCGCCUUGCCUGCUCGGCUCCAAGUGCCAGGCUGCCCGUGUCGGCUGUGCCCAGUGGGCUGGAGAAGUCGCAGGCGCCCUGCUGCGGCCGAGGACCUGGCGGCACCCAGCGCCCGGGGGCGCGGUCGCCCGGCCCGAGGCCACCUGGAGGGGCUCGGGGUGACCUGUUUUCCCAUACAGUAAAGCCCACAUUUGGCUAAUGAGCAAGGAGGUGAGGCCCUCAAGUGAGUCAGAGGUACAGAUCUGGGGAACAGAAGAGGAUGACAUGACCGAAGGCGAUCUGGGCUACGGCCUCGGGAGAAGACCCAGUGGCAUUUACAAAGUGGAAGGUUCACAUUUAUCCAUGUCCAAGAAAAGAUCGGUCGGGAAGCACUGUAGCCCACCUCCAUUUUCAAGCAAGGGGGAAGAAACAGGAGGAGCCCUUUUUCAGUAUUGCAAGCAUGGCAGUCUGCAGGAUGGGUGCCCUCCGGGGUAUGGAACCUCCAGUUUCAGGAGACAGAGUAGCUCUGAUUCUAAUUCAGAAUUAUCAAAUGAAGAAUUAAGGCAACGUCUUCAUGAAACUUUAGAGGAAGUAGAAAUUUUAAAAACUGAACUUGAGGCAUCUCAAAGACAACUUGAAGGUAAAGAGGAAGCACUAAAAAUUCUUCAAAGCAUGGCAGUACUUGGCAAAGCCACAAGUCACACUCAGGCAGCACUUCAAAAAACUAUGGAACAAAAGAGAUCCUUGGAGAAGGUACUGGCACUAAACUGUGACAAUGCCAUCCUCAAAGAAGAUUUGAAGCUGAAAACAGAAGAAAUUAAAAUGCUCAAGUCAGAAAACGCAGUGUUGAACCAGCACUACUUGGAAGCCCUCGCCAUGCUUGAUAUCAAAGAGCAGAAGGUAUCUCAGGAAAGCCUGUGCCAGGACAAGAGUGGCUUUACGGAGGUAUCAGGGCUUGAGCUCGCGGUCCUUGGAGCCUGCCUAUGUGGUGGCCCUGGAGGCAGUCCCUGUUCUUGUGCCAAAAUGGCAGCGUCCACUCGGAAACUGGUUCUUCAGCUCAAACAUGAGUUGGAACUUCUGCAGAAAAGUAAAGAAGAGGCUUACAUAAUGGCAGAUGCAUUCAGAAUUGCAUUUGAGGAACAGUUAAUGAGGAAAAAUGACCAGGCACUGAGAUGGACACAAAUGGAUAAAAUGUGUAAAAAAUCAACCAAAGGGAUAAACUGGAAGCGCGUGAGAGAAGAUGGAGGCUUGCCACAGAGAGGCAAGAAGACCUUAGGGCAGAAACUGUUGGGCAUGCUUCCUUCAGAAAACAGUUGUAAGAGGGUUGAAGACCUGGACAAUUCUCAAGACGUCUUUAAGAUGCUAAUAGACUUGUUGAAUGAUAAAGAAGAAGCUCUGGCUCAUCAAAGAAAAGUUAGCUACAUGCUUGCUCGGGCACUGGAAGAGAAAGACAUUGCCACAAAAGAGAAUAAAGAAAAAACACUUAUCAAAGAGAAUUUUGUAUUCAAAAACCUCUGGCAUAAAACUUCUGAAUUUUCUGUUGUACGUGAUUCUGUACAUUCAGAUUCCAGUUUUAAUUCUGCCGGCUGUAUCUGUUCUAUCCAGCAACCUCAAACAGCUCUAAACCACUCAAGAACUCUUAAAAGGUCCAGUUCUUUGCCAUCAAGUCUCCUAUUUUGAAGAUGAACCAGGUGAAGUUUGAAAUGAGAUUGGCUAGCACUUGGAGUCCUUGGAGCUGAUGUGGCUCUCCUGUAGAGCACUUCCUACUUUGUAGGCCACAGCACCACAAAAAGAUCCUUUUGGAAAAGGAUUAUGCAAAUGUUACCUCAUCUUGAAAAGUUAUAUAUAUUUUGGUAUGCUUAAAUUUUGAGAUUCAGAUUAAAGAAUCAAAACAUUUCUGA